AUGGCUACUCUCGCUGCGCUGGCCAGUGUGGCCUGGAUCAAUAUCAAGAACCUAUUCACUGCGGAACCGGCAAAAGAGGAGCUCAACAAGGACGACCACUUCCACUGCCACAUCAACCCUCACAAGUCCGAACCGAAGCAUGGAAACAAGGAAGAGGAUACCCCUACGUGGAGCGAUUUCUGGCAAAGUCUUGAGCAAUCUCAGCACGGGAGAAGAGAACCUGAGACGCGCUGGAAGAUGACGGAGAUGGAGGAGAAGUUGAGGAAGGAGGAGGCCAGGAAGGCGAAGACGAGGAGGCUGGCUGGACGGAGGGCGGAGAGGGGGGUUUAG